UGACAAAAAAAAAACCGAUCAUGCCUCCGUCCCAAGCCGACGACAAACGCCAAGCAGCCCGCGAAGUCAUCGACAUUCUUCACGAGAUUUCCACCCUCCUGAACACCAAUCUGGAUCGAACGGAACUCUCGCUUUGUGUCUCGCUGAUUGAGAAUGGGGUUAAUCCUGAGGCUUUGGCUGCUGUGAUUAAGGAUUUGCGGAAGGAGACUGCCGGUGGUGCUGGCGCGAUGGGUUUGGGGGAGCAGCAGCAGCAGCAGCAUGAAUGAGUGAUUGCCAACCGAAAGGGAUGGGGGCGCGUGCGAGGGCUUCCGGGG